ACCCAAGAACAGACAAGUGAAGAGUUAAAACGAUUGUUAAAUAAUUUCAAACCUAAGAAAGAAGAAUUUAUUCAAGAGCCUCAAUUUAAACCUUCUGAAAAAGGAGGAACGCUGCCUAAACAUUUAAUAAAGGAGGACAACAAAAUGAAUAAUUCUCAAUUAUCUCAUUCUCAAGCAAAAGGUAAGUAUUUAGGAGUUGUUCUAACUAAACCCGAAGAAAAAAUUAAAUGUUCGGUUGUUAAUCAUGACGAAUAUCCUAAAACCGAAAUAACGACUAGAAAGAAAUUACAGGAAUUUUAUAUUUACCGGGCUUUUGGUUGUUGGGGUGUUCAAGGAACCAGUUUGAAAGAUUUAUUGGGCGGUUGUAAAGGUUAUAAUCCUAUCACUGAUAAGACUUGCGAUUUAUGUUUGAAAGAAUGCGAAGAUCUGAAAAAGGCUGAAGAAUUAGGAAAAAAUACAACAAAAAAUUCCAACGACGAUAUUAAUAAGUCAGUUAAAGACCAGCCAGGAAAAUUCUGCAAUAGUUGUCUGACCGAAUGUAUAUCCGAACUAGAAAAAAAGGGUGCCGAAAACUCUAUUGAUUGUCAGGAGCAAGAAUAUCAUGAAUACCCGUUUCUUAAAGAAUAUUAUAAGUUAAUAACAAAAAUUAAAGAACCAAUGCGGGAAGUAGAGAUAGACGAAAAAAGUUUCGAGGCUUAUCAUUUAAGAGUUAUAGAAGAAAGAUUGAACGACAUUCUUAAAAGAGGCGGCACCAAGCAAUUUGUGGAAGAUUCAACUUUCAUGGAGAGCAAAAGAACUCUUUGCUUUGAAAAUAAUAAUAAGGAGUAUGUGGUGUAUAGUUGUGGUGUAUGUCUCGGUAGUGAAGAAUUAUUAGACGAAUUGGUCGACCGAAUAAAAGCGGGAGAAAUUAAACUAUCCGCUCAAUAUUUAUAUGAUACCGAAGAAUACAAAAUUAGAUUUUGA